ACAAAACCCUUUCUCUCUAACCCUAGCUCUGGUUUUCACUCUCGUACCACUCUUGUGGAUCCACCUUCACACUUUCUGCAACAAUGGUUUUUGUGAAGUCUCAGAAGUCGAAAGCGUACUUUAAGCGCUUUCAAGUAAAAUUUAAGAGAAGGAGAGAGGGAAAGACCGAUUACCGCGCUCGUAUACGUCUUAUCAAUCAAGAUAAGAAUAAGUAUAAUACUCCGAAGUAUCGCUUUGUUGUUCGCUUUAGCAACAAAGAUAUUGUUGCUCAAAUAGUAUCUGCUAGCAUUGCUGGUGAUAUUGUUCUUGCUGCUGCUUAUGCACAUGAGCUCCCACACUAUGGUCUUGAAGUUGGUCUUACCAACUAUGCUGCAGCUUAUUGCACUGGACUCCUCCUGGCCCGUCGUGUUCUAAAAACACUUGAGAUGGAUGAAGAGUAUGAGGGGAAUGUUGAGGCUACCGGAGAAGAUUAUUCUGUGGAGCCUGCUGAUUCCAGGAGGCCAUUCCGUGCUCUCCUUGAUGUUGGUCUUGUAAAGACCACAACUGGAAACCGUGUCUUUGGUGCCCUGAAGGGAGCACUUGAUGGGGGUUUGGAUAUUCCUCACAGUGACAAAAGAUUUGCUGGUUUUGAUAAGGAAAAGAAGGAGCUUGAUGCUGAGGUUCACCGCAAAUAUAUCUUUGGUGGACACGUUGCUGCCUAUAUGAAGACUUUGACUGAAGAUGAACCUGAGAAAUACCAGACUCACUUCAGUGAGUAUAUUAAGAAAGGAAUUGAGGCUGAUGGCCUUGAAGAGCUGUACAAGAAGGUUCAUGCUGCCAUCCGUGCAGACCCAACCAUUAAGAAAUCAGCGAAGAAGCCUCCAACACAGCACAAGAGAUAUAAUUUGAAGAAGCUGACCUACGAGGAGAGGAGAGCCAAGUUGAUUACCCGCUUGGAAAAUCUUAACUCUGCCGUUGAUGAAGACGAUGAGGAUGAUGAGUGAAAGGUGUUUGUAUGCAACCAAGAGACAGAUAUCUAGAACUUUUUAAGAGUUUGCACUUAGAUCAACAAUUUCUUGAAAAUUUUUGUUGCCUGCACUACUUAUUUUUCAGGUUAAAAUUUUGGAUACUUUUAUGUUGGCCUAUUUCUGGUUAAACUUUUGACUAAGUUGGGUUAAUGUGUUUUAACUUAAUUUUCUAUUGGGUACAAGUUCCUUUUUAUUA